GUUUUUGCAUUUCCGAGGAUCUCCCAAUACCUCCUCUUCACCGCCGUCCGAUUCCCGCCGUCAAAUUCCUCAAUCUCUCUCCGUAGAAUCUCGCCCUUUCUCUCUCCUCCAACCGAAACCAGCGAGGAAAAAGAAAAGAAAAGAUCGUCUAAGGGGCCAACAAAAGGCUGGGGCUUCCCUUUCUCUCAGUCCCCUAUCAACUGGAUACCUGCUUCGUUGUUCAAAACCAAUUUUAAAGUCUCUGGACAAUCGACGAAUCCAAGUCUGUGAUCUAACCAGAACCGGGUUCAUUCUGUUCCAGUUUCCUGAAGCGGUUUGAUACAAAUUUGGAGCAAUGAGAAUGGAGCGCGUGAAAAAUUCGAAGUCUUCGUGGUCGAAGGUGGUGGUGAGAAAAUGGCUGAAUAUAAAGACUGGUGCAGAUGAGUUUAACUCCGACUACGGAGUAAGAGCUUUGGUAGAUGGGAGAUGUGAGAGAAGGAAGAGUUGCUCCGACAAGGACUCGUACGUCGUCGUGCCGGAGGAGCUUUCAGAAGGGUGGUUGAUGCAAGCCAACGGUGGUAUUGAACGGCCGAGAUCCGACGCCGCCGGCCCUCCGACGGUCUCCGACGACCUCAACCUCAGGAUGUUCGUGGGGACAUGGAACGUGGGAGGAAAAUCGCCACAUGCAGGCUUGAAUUUAAGAGACUGGCUAUGUAAACCUGCACCUGCUGACAUCUACGUUAUUGGGCUCCAGGAAAUCGUACCCCUAAACGCAGGAAACGUACUGGGGGCCGAGGACAGUGGUCCAGCUGCCAAGUGGCUCUCUCUUAUUCGCCAGAGUUUGAACUGCAACAGAAAUGACCCUGAAUUGUCGAAAUAUUACGGCAGUGCCAUCGACGCUGAGCUGAGCCUGUCACCACCUCAGAAUGAGCCGCAAGACCAUCCACCAAGCCUGAAACCGAGGCCGAGCUUCUCCGACUUGCUCUCACUGGAAGAUGAACUCAAAGAUGAAGAUUUUCACAGGUUUCUGAGCUUAAAUUCAUCCUUGGAUUCGAUCCAAGAAGGAUUGCCGAGCCCUCCUCGAACGAAUACGAGUUCCCGGCGGCACCAGUACUGUUUGGCCGCCAGCAAGCAGAUGGUUGGCAUCUUCCUAUGCGUAUGGGUUCGAUCUGAUCUUUAUCGGCACAUUAACAGUUUGAAGGUCUCAUGUGUAGGAAGAGGCAUCAUGGGAUACCUUGGAAAUAAGGGGUCGGUAUCGAUCAGCAUGACAUUGCACCAGAAAACAUUUUGCUUUGUUUGCACCCACUUGACCUCUGGAGAGAAAGAGGGCGAUGAGGUUCGAAGAAACUCAGAUGUUAUGGAGAUCUUGAGGAAGACGAGGUUUUCUUGUUCGUGUAGAGUACCGGGGCAGCGAGUUCCCCCUGAAAGCAUCUUGGAUCAUGAUAAUGUUAUUUGGCUUGGGGAUCUAAAUUACCGACUCGCUUCUGGUUCGGGUGACACUCAUGAACUGUUAAAGAAGAAUGAUUGGCGAGCACUCCUGGAGAAAGACCAGUUGAGGAUAGAGCAAAGAGCUGGCCGCGUAUUUAAGGGAUGGGAAGAAGGGCGGAUAUAUUUUGCUCCAACAUACAAAUACCUUGCCAAUUCUGACAAUUAUGUUGUCCAAACCUCCACGUCGAAAGAGAAGCGAAGAAUCCCAGCUUGGUGUGACAGAAUUCUGUGGAAAGGUGAAGGGCUGAAGCAAAUGCUCUAUGUGAGGGGAGAGUCCAAGUUCUCCGAUCAUAGACCAGUUUAUUCCUUCUUCUCCGUCCAACUCGUUACACCCACCAAACCCACGAGAAUGCCGGCGCCACCGCCGGUGGCGGCAUGUGGUGUCAAAGUUCGAGCUGAAGAGCUGAUGCUCCUCAGCAGGGCACAGAGCUGCAUUCAGAACCCACCCAGGUUUUCAGUCACAGCCCGAGAGUGACUCGCCAAUGGGAGACUGCCAGCUGUGCAAGACGACACCUAAUGGUUGAAUCGAGGGAGAAUGUUAAUUAUUGAUCGGGACCAACCAACCCGGGCGUCGAGAUAAGAUAAUAAAACGACACGCGGGUGGUGGCGUGCGUGCUGCCUGCACGCCUGGUGGACGACACGUGGUUUGAUCAGGGUCUGGGUAGAUGGUGAUGAAUGAUCAUGAUGUUGUUGGGGUGGUGGCCGCUGAUUCCAGGCGUUGUUCAUGCUUUGAACCGUGACGGCCUUUUUGAGUCUCUGAUUUGGAGCUUUUUGCAGGAGAAUGAUUUUCGUGUUCUCUCUUUAUUUUUUUUUAAGUGUGUAGAUAGGGAUCUGGCAGAAGUACAGUACAAACCAAGUGUAACACAAAAGGCUUGGUGAGAGAGAGGGAUAGGAGUUUAGGGAGAAAUGGGGUCUUCUACUUAUAGUUUGGUAGUACUGCAGCCUGUGGAGGUCAAUUUUGGAACUUCCCUGUCAUCAAUUUUGAUCACAAAUCACAAGACUAUACGUAGAUACUUUUGUUUACCGAAAAUUCUAUUUCUAAUCAUAACUUUUACU